GAGUGAUCAUCCCGAAGAAGAUAGACGUUAAGACACCGUCAGCAAUUCAAAUUAGUGAUGCUCGGAGCACGCUUGCUAAUCGCACUAUUGUUGUUCAAUUGCCUUCUUAUCAGCUCGGUUCGAUGUGACGAGGAUAAAUCAUCCUCCGCGGAGGAAUCGCCGCCCGAAGAUGUGGACCAGCACAACCACCAGGUUGGGGAAAAUCUUAUGUCGGCCCAGUUGUUCGCCGUCAUCGAUCUGUACAAACAGGAAGAUCCGGUUGGGCUGCCAGGGGCUACCGUUCCGGAUCCGAUGCCUAUUCCGGAGAUCAAGCAGUCGUUCUCGAUCGCCAAGAUGCACAUGAAGAAUGUGAUGGCCUACGGUUUGUCCAAGUUUCGCAUCAAGAUGUUCAAAACGGAGUUGAACACGAUGAAAGUUCAAACGGGAGUUCAGAUCGACGAAAUGCUCGUCAAGGGCAACUACACGAUGAGUACCUUUUUCAACCGAGCCGAAGGUCCAUUUACGGUGGUGCUGAAGAACGUCAUGACCAAAGGAAACGUAUCGCUGGAGGUCGAUCGCGAAGGCAAGGUUCGCACGCAGGACAUCAGCUUAGACAUCGCCUUCGAUGAUAUGUCCAUGGAUUUCCAAAAUCUUGGCUUCAUGGGUAGCAUCUUCCAGAGUGUAGUCAAUUCGGCCUCAAAUUUAGUGUUCGAUACUAUCAAACCCUUCAUGCUGAGCGAAGCAUACUCGAAAAUCCGCGCCGAAAUCGACACCCGCGUGGAGAACAUGACCACGGAGUACAACAUCGUGUUUCCGAACUCGAUCUCACCGCUGGACAUGGCCAUCGGAGAAGCUCGCACGCUAGUUCGCAAUAAGAAGUUCGACCCCUUCCUGAUCCCGGACUACAACACUACGGCCGGAAUCUUCGGAAUGCAUACGUCGCACACCUGGAUCCGGGGAGUGUCCAGCUUCUACCGAUACGGCGACAUUGGAAUACUUAUGCAGAACAAUACGGUAGCGCUGACGAUGCAGGUCGGAACGCAGAGGAUCAUGGGCUCGACGCAGUGGGAGGUUUCCGUUGGCCGAGGUAUGGUGUCCCGAGCGGGGCAGGCUCAAUUCACCGUGGAACAUAUCAAGGUGUCGUUCGAGGUGCAACAGCCGCUGGAUUUGCGCAAAAAGCCCAAGCUCAACGACAUCCAACUGGAGCUGGGUAACAUUCAGGUUCGUUGCGACGGUGCCGGCACGUUGGAUUACGUCGUCGAAGCGGUCGUCAACAUUCUUCCCAAUCUGCUGCGCUAUCAGAUCAUGGACGCGAUCGAGAAUCCACUGAAGACGCGCGUUCAGGAGAAGAUGGACUGCAUCAACGUGGAACAGAUGAUCAAGCAGCACAUGGUAGAGUACGAGAAGCGCGGUUUCGAUAUGGAGAUCGAUUUCAAGCUGUGCUGAGGCUUACGUUGGAAGAGCGACAUAUCAAUGGUAUAUUUACGUUAGAAAUUGUG